AUGGCAACUCAGCUACCUCAGGAACAGGAACACGGCGCAGUCAGAAGCGGACAAAUCUGGACGCCUGGCGAGGAACUUGCGGCAAAGUUGGUGUUUGGCGGUCUUGGGUGUAUGAUCGCGGUGGUGUUCACACACCCUGUGGAUGUGAUCAAAACACGGCUGCAGUUACAGGGUGAAGCCCAGGUUCAGAUCCCUCAUGCCCAAGUGCCGUUAUCAUCAUCAUCGCCAGGAGCCGCUUUAUCAGGAGCAGGACGGAUAAAAGGAAUGUCGAUGACAUCGACAUCGGUCCAUUCUGCAUUGUUGUCGUCUAGCUCGGGGUCUCACCUGGCGUUCUCGCCCACGGUUCCGGUUUCGAAUACGAUCCAUCAUCGUGAUGCUGGGCUGCUUGUGCAUGAGACCAUGAAACCAGCAAUGGCGACAACAGCGACAGCAGCGACAACAACGACAUCGACAGCAGCAGCGGGGAUGACCCCGUCAAGAACGCUGAAGCUGUUCCCGUUGCUGAGAGAGAUCCAGCGGUCGGAGGGACCGCGGGUGUUCAUGUCAGGACUGGGAGCGGCGGUGCUGAGGGAGAGUAUCUAUUCCACGAUCCGGUUCGGGAGUUACGACCUGUUCAAGGGCAUUUACAGUGGGAUGGGUAGUGGAAUGCGCGGGGGUGAGGAGACGACGACGGUCGUGAAAUUGCUCUCUGGAUUGACGAGCGGGAUGAUUGGGAGUGUUAUUGCCAACCCUACAGAUCUCAUCAAAGUUCGGUUGCAGGCAUACUGGCCCAGCGGCAAAGCGCGAUACGCCUCCAUUGCGGACGCAUGCAAGUCCAUCUACGUGGAGGAAGGUCUACCGGGACUGUAUCGAGGUGUGGUGCCGACGGCCGCACGGGCGAUGGUCGUUACGGCCUCGCAAUUGGCCUCGUACGACACGACGAAGCAUUGGCUCCUGAGGUUGAGGGACCGAAAUGGCGAGGCUCCUUUCCGGGAGGGUUACUUGACACAUUUCUGUGCCAGCGUUGUUGCAGGACUUGUGUGCUCGAUCUCGACAUCCCCGAUCGACACGGUGAAGGUGCGAUAUAUGAACCAGCAUUUCAGUGCGAGUGGACAGGGGGCGCUCUACAAGUCUGCACUGGACUGUGCGAUCAAGACGGUUCAACGCGAGGGACCCUUGGCCCUGUAUAAGGGCUUCUUGAUGUGCUGGCUUCGUCUGGGCCCGCAUACGAUGCUCUCGUUGAUGAUCUUUGAGAAGCUCAGGAGCUUUGUUGGCUUGAAUCCGGUUUAG